AUGGCGGUCCAGGGCCUGUGCCUUCGUGUAGCCACCUUGCUGACGGGGCUGCUGGAAUGCCUGGGCUUUGCAGGCAUCCUCUUUGGCUGGGCCUCACUGGUGUUUGUCUUCAAAAUGGAGCAUUAUUUUGAGGACCUGUGUGAACCGAAUGCCGAGCUGAUGGGCAACGCCACGGAGCAGGCUGGUAAGGAUGGGUGUCUGAGAUUCCCCUUCCCCUUCCUCUCCUCAGACUGCAGAGCCCAGGAUGAGAGGUUCUCACUCAUCUUCACACUGGCGACCUUCAUAAACAACUUCAUGACCUUCCCCACUGGCUACAUCUUUGACCGGUUUAAGACCACUGUGGCCCGUCUUGUAGCCAUAUUUCUCUACACCAGCGCCACGCUCACCAUAGCCUUUACUUCUGCAGAGUCAGCCUUGCUGCUCUUCCUGGCCAUGCCCAUGCUAACCAUGGGCGGAAUCCUGUUUCUGAUCACCAACCUACAGGUUGGGAACCUAUUUGGAAAACACCGCUCCACCAUCAUCACGCUCUACAAUGGGGCAUUUGACUCCUCCUCAGCUGUCUUCCUUAUCAUUAAGCUUCUCUAUGAGCAAGGCAUCAGCCUCAGGGCCUCCUUCCUCUUCCUGUCUGUCUGCAGUGCCUGGCACAUUGGGCGCACUUUCUUCCUGAUGCCUCGGGGGCACAUCCCCUACCCACUGCCCCCCAACUACCACUAUGGCCUGUGCUCUGGGAACGGCUCCACAGAGGAGGAGAAAGCAGAUGAGCCCGAUAAGGUGGAGCGCCGGUCGAAGGAGCACCUGUCAUUGGAUGAGAUCCCCGGGCCAGGGCAGCAGCAGACGCCCCACUCCUUCUGGAGAUACGCUUUCUCUCGGCGUUUUGCCUGCCACCUGGUGUGGCUGUCAGUGAUACAGCUGUGGAACUACCUCUUCAUCGGCACACUUAACUCUCUGCUGACCAACCUGGCCAGUGGGGACAGGGCACUAGUCAGCACCUACACAAAUGCAUUUGCCAUCACUCAGUUCUUCGGAGUGCUGUGUGCCCCCUGGAAUGGCUUGCUCAUGGACUGGCUUAAGCAGAAGUACCAGAGGGAAGCAGGAAAGACAGAUUCCUCAGCCUCGGUGGUGGCCCUCUACUCGAUGGUGCCCUCUCUGGCCCUGACGUCCCUGCUGUGCCUGGGCUUUGCCCUCUGUGCCUCAGUCCCUGUCCUCUCCCUCCAGUACCUCACCUUCAUCUUGCAGGUGGUCAGCCGCUCCUUCCUCUACGGGAGCAACGCGGCCUUCCUCACCCUUGUUUUUCCAUCUGAGCACUUUGGGAAGCUCUUUGGGCUGGUGAUGGCCUUGUCGGCCAUCGUGUCUCUGCUCCAGUUCCCCAUCUUCACCCUCAUCAAAGGACCCCUCCAGAAUGACCCUUUUGCCGUGAACAUGACGCUGGUGCUUAUUACCCUGCUGACGUUCAUCCACCCCUUUCUGGUGUACCGGGAGUGCCAGGGUCAGAAAGGAAGCCCCUCUGCAGCUGCCUAG